GAUGGGCUUUGAUUUUGAUGAAAAGUAACCGGACGAAUUCAUUGAGAUUGUAUUUCUCUCUGAUAAUUUUAAUCAUUAUUAUUUGAUUCUCAUUUUCUGCUUUUGGCAAAAUUUUUAGGGUUGUUUCUCGCGCUAGCAUGUUGUCUUGCGGCUUGUUACGUUUAGGUGCCACUGUCAGUGCAUUCAGUUUUUGCUUUUAGACACUGAUGUAUCAUAUAUCUCUUGCUAGGGUGUCCACCCCUGUAAGAGAGAUUUAGUAUAUCACCGUGAUACUAAAUACCUUCUCCAGUGCAUUAGCCCGCCCUCUUCUUUCUUUAUUCUUAUUGAACUGCUUGCUGGUAAUUGUUUUUGGCAUCUGAGAAUGCAAUCCUCUUUCUGUGUCAUCAACACCCGAAAAUAUGAUAAGAAAAAUGAAACAGGGAAACAAAAAGGGGGUAGAGCUGAAAAAAAUAAAAAAAAAAGGAGUAGAGCCCAAGUUUUUAGAUUAAGUAAAAACGUCGAAGGUGUAGUCUCCCUCAACAAAUUUGUAAUUAUUAUUUAUGUUUAUUAAAAACAAAAACCAAAAAACAAAAAUGAGUGGAACAACAGGACAUGUUGCUUCUCCACAUAUUUUUUGCAAAGUGAAUAAACGAAAAAAAGAGUAUGUUGGGGUCUGUAGAAAAGAAAAAGAGAGAGAAUGUUGUUCAAUGGUCAAGAGUAUGUUACUGUUUCCAGACGUUCAAUAUUCAUAUCACUCUCUCCCAACUAUUGAAUUUUUAUUUUUAUUUUUAAAUUUGUUCAAUAGACAUUUCUAUUUCUGUAAAAUAGUUCCCAAAUAAUGAAUCUCCAGUAACAAGUGGGGCAGUGUUCGGUAUCAUAAGCAGAAGGUCAUCAGAGUUCAACUACAACCGCUACCUGGCAUGUUCCUUGUGGUCAUUCUACCAUUCCAUCAACCCACAAUCUCAAAGACUUCAAAGUUCCAACCUAACUUCUCACAAACAUACUCCCAAAUUCCCAAUGCACUUGUCAUGACCAACCCAUUGCCAUUAUACUAAAGCUUUAUUUUAGUUAGCACAUUUCCAAUGAACCUAUUAUAACUACCCCCACAAACUCUUAGAAACAAGACAGAGAACUUAGUGUUCGAUUCUCCCCCCGCCUUUGUAAGAACAAUGUCCAUAAUAGCAGAAGCACCUGGUUUCCUUCAAGUAUUUUCUGAUGGGUCUGUAAAACGCUUUGAUCCUGAGAUUGUCCCGGCCUCAACUGAAUCAAUUAAUGGACACAAGUUCAAGGAUGUGGUCAUUGACUCAUCAAAGCCAAUUACUGGAAGGUUAUUUCUUCCUAGUACUCCUACUCAGGGGUUCUCAAGUAAGCUUCCUGUUGUGGUUUAUUUCCACGGUGGUGGCUUUUGCAUUGGCUCGACUACAUGGCUUGGCUACCAUCAUUUCCUGGGAGAUUUCUCUGUGGCAUCACAAUCCAUUGUUCUCUCUGUUGACUAUCGUUUAGCUCCAGAAAAUCGUCUCCCUAUAGCAUAUGAAGAUUGUUAUAGCUCACUAGAUUGGCUUAGUCACCAAGUAAGGUCUGAACCAUGGCUUGAGCAAGCUGACCUUUCACGUGUGUUUCUCUCUGGCGACAGUGCUGGAGGGAACAUUGCACACCAUCUUGCCAUCAAAGCAAUUCAGAACAAAACUUGUAAUGUAAAAAUCAAGGGAUUGUUGUUGAUACAUCCUUAUUUUGGGAGUGAGAAGAGGACUGAGAACGAGAUGGCUGAAGGAGAAGCAGGGAAUGUGGCAAGCAAUGACAUGUUCUGGGGACUAAGUAUACCAGGAGGAUCAAACCGUGAUUACUUUGGUUGUAAUUUUGAGAAGGCAGAAUUGUCUGCGUCUGAAUGGUGUCAAUUUCCUAGGGUGGUGGUUUUUGUUGCUGGCUUGGACUUCUUGAAGGAAAGGGGAGUUAUGUAUGCAGAAUUUUUGAAGAAGAAAGGGGUUCAAGUGGUGAGGCUGGUGGAGACUGAGGGAGAGCCGCAUGUGUUUCAUGUUUUUCAUCCUAAAUCUGAGGCGACUCGCUUGCUCCAACAACAAAUGGAUGAGUUCAUGAAGAGCUAUUAAGUAUUAACAUCCAAUAUGCACAUUCGAAAUAUUUUUUUCUUAUUGGAAUUUAGUAAUCAAAGGACUAUGGACUAUGGAAUUUUAAAUAAAUGAAAAAUGCUAUUAGUGAAAUUUAUGGAAUGAGAAUUUUUAUCA